AUGCUUCAGCACCACCUGCGUCCAGACCCAAAGCCGCCCGCAGGGAAUGCGCAGGGGGAAUUCAAGUCGCAGCAGGCGUCGCCAGCGCGCUCACAUUGGCUAGUCUCUCAGAGGAGUGCUGCGACGGAUGGGCAUGUUGGCUGGUUAGCGGAGGGGCGAGCCCCAACCUCCCCCCGCUCCCUUGUUGGCAUAAGUGCAACAUACAAGGAAACGGCCAUUCUCUUCUCCGAUGCGCAACAGGCAGCCUUUGAACCGAAGGUGCAGGUGCCCUUUGCGCACCAGCGUGGCCGCAUUCCACGCAAAAUCGAAAUAGAGCGGCGGCGGCGGCAGUAUGAAUUCCACGAUGUACAGCAUCUUGUAGAGUUGGCUGGUUUGACGUUACGGCAGCUUGCAAGGAAAGACAGUCAGGAGCUGCCACUGGAGGUUUUUGACGACACCUCCUACGACUGUCGAAAUCCUUCAGAGUGGAUGGAGAUAGCAAGUCAGAACGCAAAUGAAAAAGGUCGCUACUUACCCGCCGAAGGCAUCAAAGAAUGCAGAAAUGGAGAUUUCUGCAUGCGGCCGUGUCGCGUGAUAGCCUGGGAUGCAGGUAAAAAUGAACUCACAGUCCUAUGGGGCGCAACCCCAGUGGCGGAUGAGACGCCCGUCGUGGUACCGCGUUUCUUUGUUCGUCUGCUGGCAGAGGAUCCUAUUGUCUACGUUCAGCGUCUUGUUAGCGCACAGCAGCAGCGGGCAAAGGCGAUGGCGUGGAUUCGGUAUCGCCUCUGCUGUGAUGCCAUGCCACUAGAAGGCUUAAGUGGACUUGACAGCGGACUUGGGGCACGUCUGCGCCACCUUGGUACUGGCAUGCCACAUCUAAGCAAGGCGGUUUUUCCCGACGUCGAGGAGCGGGUGGAGCGUCUUAUUGCUGAGUUUACACUCGCAUGGAAGCGGAGUCACAACCGCAUUCUCCUGCAGGAUCGUAUGCAGCGUGACGAGGUCCUGCAGCGGAUGGUGGCCAACGCCACGCAGAUGAGUCUGCAGGAGUUGGUGCGUGGGCCGAAUGUGGCGAUUCAACGAAGUGAAAAAGGGGAGCGCGAUACGGUGAUUCCGAUUCACAAUUUUGACUUUGAGGAGCGUGAACGUUCUUUUACGUUUUCAACAUACUACACGCAGCCCGAGGUUGUGACCGCACUGACUGGUGUGCGAAGUGAAUGUAUAAAGGUUCUCGAGGGCAGCCUUUUUAGCCUUCCAAAGGCCCGCCAGAUGCAACUCGCAACGUUUAAGAAGCUACAGCAGGAACACAUGACCUCCAUGGCAAAGUACUUCAAGGGAGAGUGGACGGAAAACAUCUGUGACGUGAUUCGAAAAAGUUUUGCUUCCGCCGGAAAGGGAUGGCUGAACAUUCAGGAAUCGAAGCAAGACAUUUACGAAAUGUCUAAGCUUAAAAAGUUUUUUACCACCGUAAAGUUUAUGAUGGAGGACACCUUAUUCUCCCUUGUUUACACAUCACUGCAAGACUUUACCGUCUUCUUUGAGGAAGUGUCGGAGUUUACGGUGAAUGUCAUUGACAUGAAUCACGUAGAGAACAAAUGGCCUGGUAGUGACGCCGACGAUUGCGUUGAGAAGCAGCCACUCUUCAUCAUUGGCCUUGCGGAGCAGGAUGGGAGCUUCACCUACUCCAUCUCCUUUGAGGACUUUGAGGAAACCAUCAUUCAACUCUUCAAUGAUGCCAUCUACUGCACUGACGCCACCCCACAGGUGGAAAAGUUUGUCAUGUCACAAUACUUUUGGCGGCGUGAGGGGGAAGGGCCCUUUUUAGACUCCGUGAAGCAGGGGGAAGAGCACGUUGUGCUGCUGCGACAGCGUGUACGUAAGGCACUGCAAAAGUCCAUGCAGCCCUUGCGAGAUUACUUGCAGACGUACGAUGAACUUCUUCCACUUAUACGACUUGACAAGAAGGAGUUUAUCACCAAUUACGAGCAGCAGGAGCACACGAUGGAGGAUAUGAAGGAUGAAAUACGGCAGCGCCUUAAGGCAAAGAAAGUUGUGGCGCAGAAACUGCCGGCGUAUAUCACCGUUGGUAACUACGUUGUUGACUGCCAGUCCUUUGGGCAAAUCAUGGCAAACAAGGAGCGGGACCUCGCCAAGCUCAUUAUGGAUCUUAUCUGCAAAAUGGCCAAGAGCAAGACCACCUACAUUCGUGACGAGUUUACAAAAAUUGUGCGGACCGUGGAAAAACAGCCGCAAAACCCAGAAAAGCUGUAUGAGCUAAAAAAUUUUAUUGCGAACACACCAGAGCGUGUCGCCGAGCUGACUGUUGACAUUGAGGAGAUGCGACAGUUUUACAACAUUCUUGAUGGUUUUCAGUACGAGUUGAGCGACGAUGAGUCCCGGCAAAAGUGGGAGGCCAUCGCGUGGCCGCGGCAGCUGGCGCUUUGUAUCCAAGACACUAAUAAGCAGCUUGAGAAGGUGGAGGAGGAGUUGCAUGCGCGGCUGCUGAAGGAGGGUGAGGAAUUCAGCAAAAAGGUUGAUGGCCUGCAGCGUGUUGUGGCAACCUUCUCCAAGUACACGGACUCCUCCGAGGCUGAGAAGGUGGCUGCCAUGGUUAAGAUGAACAGCAUUGAAAUCCGGAAAUGCAUUGAGGAGGCUCGCUCCAUCAACAGCGAUCAACGGCUCUUUGGUGAUAAACUGACCGAUUACCGCAAUGUUUUUGACCUCGAGAAAGAAUUUAAACCAUACAGUGACUUGUGGUUGACAACGUACCAGUGGCAAGACUGCUAUCGUCGUUGGCACGCAGACCCGUUUGACUCGCUUGACCCCGACGAAAUUGAGAACGUGGUGAUGAGUGCUUUUAAGACCAUGACGCAACUGGCCAAAACAUUCAAAGAUAAGAAUGCCACACUGAAGAUUGUGGAGGAGAUACGCGCCAGGGUGGAGGAGUUUAAGCCUUGGGUGCCUGUGGUAACAUCCUUGCGUCAGCAUGGCAUGAAAGAGAGACACUGGAAAGGCCUCUCGGAGAAGUUGAAUAUGAAUCUUGUGCCGGGCGAGACCAUUAUAUUGAUGGACGACAUUGAACCACUGCUGUGCCACAAGGAACUCAUUGUGGCUCAUUGCGAGGUUGCUGGAAAGGAGGCACAAAUUGAGAAGUGCCUGAAGGACAUGCGUGCCAAGUGGGAGACCCGAAUGUUUGUCAUUGAGCCCUACAAAAAGACUGGGACGUUUAUUGUCAAGGACGCCUCGGAGAUUGUGGAGUUUCUGGACGAGCAUCUAAACCUGACACAACAACUGCAGUUUUCCCCGUUUAAAGCAUUCUACGAGGAGUCAAUCACGGACUGGGAGCGAUCGCUAAACCUCAUUUCGGACAUUAUAGAGCAAUGGCUGGAGUGUCAACGCUCGUGGCGGUACCUGGAGCCCAUCUUCAGCUCCGAGGAUAUUGCCCUGCAGCUCCCACGCCUCUCCAGAUUGUUUGAGCGGGUUGAUAAAACAUGGCGCCGGAUUAUGGGAAAUGUUAACCAUCAACCGAAUGUUUUGGAUUUUUGCAUCGGGACGAGCAAACUACUUGAAAGUCUUCGGGAGUCGAACCGUAUCUUGGAGGAGGUUCAACACGGUCUCAAUGACUACCUGGCGGAGAAACGUCAGACCUUCCCACGGUUUUACUUUUUGUCCGAUGAGGAGCUGCUUGAGAUUCUCUCGCAGUCGAAGGAGGUGAAGCGCAUUGAUACACACAUCAGUAAACUGUUUGAGUUUAUUAGCCGCCUGGCGUGGAAUGAUAGUGUAAUCACUGGAUUUUUUAGCGCGGAGGGGGAACACUUGCCAAGCGUGCAGCCUGUCAUACCGGAUGGGAAUGUGGAGGUGUGGUUGCAGUGGGUAGAAAGUAUGAUGAAAAACGCGGUGCAUGAACAGCUGCGGCAGGCCUUUUACGACUACACCAGGACCCCGCGACGACAAUGGGUAUUGCGGUGGCCCGCGCAGUGUGUCAUUGCUGUCGCGCAGAUAUUUUGGACGAACGGCUGCGAGACUGGGUUGACCCACCAAGGAGGCGUGGAAAAGUUCUUUGACACCCUUGAAACCAAAUUGUAUGAACUUGUGGACGUUGUGCAGUCACCGCUUAAGUCACGCGAAAGAAUCAACAUGGGAGCUCUCAUUACUGUGGAGGUGCACGCAAAGGAUACCGUGGAGUUGCUGAAGCGCAACCAAGUUAGCUCUGUGCACUCCUUUGAUUGGAUGAAGCAACUGCGGUUUUACUUUGACCCUGAAGAUGAGUUAUGCCACAUUAAGCAGGUGGACGCUCAUUUUGUGUACGGCGGCGAGUAUCUUGGUAAUACAGGUCGCCUUGUUGUGACGCCACUCACCGAUCGCAUUUACUUAACACUCACAGGGGCUUUGGCGCUUUGUCUUGGUGGGGCUCCUGCGGGGCCUGCUGGUACUGGCAAGACUGAGACAACAAAAGACUUGGCCAAAGCGCUCGCAAAGCAGUGUGUUGUGUUCAAUUGUCAGGAGGGUAUGACGUGUCACUCUAUGGCAAAGUUUUUUAAAGGUCUUGCAUGGGCUGGCGCAUGGGCGUGCUUUGAUGAGUUUAACCGUAUUGAUGUGGAGGUGCUCUCUGUUGUGGCUCAGCAGGUGACAGAUCUUCAGCAGGCCUGCCUCACAAAGCAGUACCGUAUUAUCUUUGAGGACAGCGAGGUGGUUGUGGAUCCCACUCAUGCCGUCUUCAUCACAAUGAACCCCGGCUACGCCGGACGUACUGAAUUGCCAGAUAACUUGAAGGUUCUCUUCCGCCCAGUGGCGUGCAUGGUACCAGACUACGCCCUCAUUGGUGAGAUUCGUCUGUUUUCGUAUGGCUACAAAAAGGCGCGCAGCCUCGCACACAAGAUGGUGAUGACAUUUAAGCUAAGCUCGGAACAGCUUUCAUCGCAGGAUCACUAUGACUUUGGUAUGCGUGCGGUGACUACAGUCAUUUCUGCUGCUGGGCUAAACAAGCGAGAAUGCCCAAACGAAGAGGAGGAUUUGUUACUGCUUCGAGCCUUACGUGAUUCCAAUGUGCCCAAGUUUCUUGUGGAUGACAUUUCGCUCUUUGAGGGAAUUAUCAGUGAUUUAUUUCCUGGUACAAAGCUUCCCUCAACGGACUACGGCGUUGUUGUAGACCUUCUUCGACAAGUUGUUACGGCCGAUAAACUUCAACCUGUGCCUGCCUUUAUUGAUAAGUGUUUACAGCUUUACGACAUUACAAUGCUGCGUCAUGGCCUGAUGUUGGUGGGUCCCGCUGGAAGUGGAAAGACGAUGGCAUACACCGCCUUGCAGAAUGCCUUGUCGGAAUGCGCCAUCUUGCAGAGCAAGGGAAAGGAUGUUGGUUCAAGGGAGUACAUGAAGGUCUACACUCAUGUCUGCAACCCCAAGGCUGUCACGAUGGAUCAACUGUACGGCGCGUAUGAUGAGAAUGGGGAGUGGAAGGAUGGUGUUCUGUGUGUUCUCUUCCGUCGUGCCGCGAAGUAUGGUGAUGAGGGGGCGCAGUUAGGUAAACACUGGGUGAUGUUUGACGGCCCGGUUGAUGCCCUCUGGAUUGAGUCCAUGAACACAGUCUUGGAUGAAAACAAAAAGCUCUGCCUUGUCUCUGGUGAAAUUAUUCAGAUGAACCGUGAUAUGACGAUGAUGUUUGAGGUGGAGGAUCUCGCCGUCGCCUCACCCGCCACCGUUUCGCGUUGUGGUAUGAUUUACAUGGAUCCAACAGCAUGUGUUCCGACGUACGCUGUUGUGCAGACAUGGAAGGAUUCUAUUCCGGUGUUUCUCACCUCGCAAAAAGACUACCUUGCGGAUCUUACUAACAUGUAUAUGGAUGAACUUGUGGAAUUUGUUCGGGCCCACCUUGAAGGAGUAUGUGCCGUCAACAAACGUUUGUCUCGUGCACUCCUUUUUCCGCGUUAUGAAUGGCUACAUCCAGUCCUUUUCGGUGCCUAA